AUGGGUAACUCAGUAUCAUGGCUGUCGGGCCUGCUGUGGGCAAAGAAGGAGAUUAGGAUAUUGAUUCUGGGUCUGGAUAACGCGGGCAAGACAACUCUGCUCUACCGGUUGAAGGUUGGCGAGGUCGUCACCACGAUACCCACCAUCGGCUUCAACGUCGAAUCCGUCACCUACAAGAAUCUUAAUUUCAACGUCUGGGAUCUCGGCGGUCAAACAAGCAUCCGACCAUACUGGCGGUGCUACUACGCCAACACGGCGGCCGUCAUCUUCGUGGUGGACUCUACCGAUAUCGAGCGAUUACAGACGGCGUCGGAAGAGCUCUCAGCCAUGCUAAACGAGGAGGAGCUCAAGGACGCGGCGCUCCUGGUGUUUGCCAACAAGCAGGACCAGCCCGGAGCCAAGGGCGCGGGCGAGAUCUCGGAGGCGCUGCGUCUGGGCGAGCUGCGCGACCGCAACUGGAGCAUCAUGGCGUGCUCGGCGGUCGACGGCAGCGGUGUGAACGAGGGCAUGGAUUGGCUUGUGCAAACCGUCAACCAAGACUAA